CUUCCGCCUCGGGUGGGCUCGGCGCGGCCGGGGCGGGCGUGGUUGACUGUGGGGUUCCCGCGUCGCCCAGGCCGAGGAUGCGGCUGGGGGCGCCGUGGGGCAGUGGGUGCCUGGUGCGGGCCGCGCACACCGGGCUCAGCUGGGGGAUCACGGUGGGACUCUUUUUGUAUCCGACAGACCUGCGGCGCCAAGAAGAGCAGGGUCAGCUGCUCCAGCCCCUGUGCUUUGUCUCGCUGGUCCUCUGCUCCGUCCUGCUCUACUUCAUUGUGUCUCUCAUGGAUCCAGGCUACGUUGAGCAGGAUGCAGAAGAAAAGGAAGAGGUGAAGGAAGAGCAAAAAGCUAUGAUACCCCAGGAGGUCUCCACUGCUGUUCGGCUCCGAAGGUGCGGCUACUGCUUCUUGAAGCAGCCAAUGAGAGCGAGGCAUUGUCAGGCAUGUCAGCACUGCGUCCGUCGCUAUGACCACCACUGCCCCUGGAUCGAGAACUGCGUGGGGGAGAGGAACCACCCCCUUUUUGUCGUCUACUUGGCUGUCCAGCUGGUGGUUCUGCUGUGGGCCCUUCAGGUGGCCUGGUCCGGCCUGAACUUUGAGCUGUCCUGGUUGUGGCUUCGGCACAACCUUCUCCUCCUCCUCUCCUUCUUUGUGAUUGUCGUCUUCACCAUCGUGGUCUCGCUGCUGCUGGUUUCGCACCUGUACCUGGUCUCGUGCAACACCACCACGUGGGAAUUCAUGUCCCGCCACCGGAUCUCCUAUCUGAAACAGUGCAAAGAGGAGAACCCCUUCGACCAGGGCAUCUUCCGCAAUCUCUGGAAGUUCUUCUGCGCUUGCCGCCUGGUCACCUGGGAGAAUCUGUAUUUCCAGGGGGAUGGGGACACCGUGUGAGGCGACAGGGCCCCCGAGAGAGCCUAAGCUGCAAAGAGAUCGCUGUCUUUGGGCCAAGCACUCCACAAGCUUUCGCCAGAGUCCUGCUCUCUGCAGCUUCGGGAGUGAGACCUCCCAAGGGCACUGUUGCACAGAGAGGUUAAAAGAGCUGGGAGCUGUUUUCAGCACAGCCCGAGGGGACGCUAGUUGUGAACAAGAAACUCCUUUGUUGUCGACACAAAGUGCUUUUAUGUAUUGUGGGGGUGGGGGGGGAAGGAGCACGCCGGCCAGCUGCUGCUGCUUCUAGAGAACCACAGGACAAAAACCCCAGCUCCUUGUGGUCCCUGAAUAUGUGGGUGUUCUCGCCAAAGGGUCCAGUUUCCCUAUGCAAGAAUGGAUCCGUUUCAUUUUUUAAAAACAGCAACAUUGAAGUGUCAGGCAAUAAUUUCCAGUGCGUAACCCAGCAUGUGAAAACAAAAAAACGGUUGGCUUUGACUCUUAA